UGGGAGCGAUGUUGUGGGUUUGAAACAGCCGCUGCUGAGGUAAAUCUCCCAGGUUAGCAAAUGGCGGGAAGAGAAGGAUGUGAGGAAAGGCGGCGUUCCAAGACUUCGCUCUGUGGUACCGCUACUGUACAUGGAACGCACAGGGCCGCCCGCUAACAAUCAUCCCGCUAGUAGCCCGAAUAUCCCCACCCAAACUCAGUCGCUGUUGCCUUGGUUACUGCUGGUCCGGGAGGAGGUUCCGGAAGUGACGUCAGGUUUCGUCCCGGUGGUGGUCGUGCCGCUGCGCUGGGAUCACGGGAGGAAAGAGUAGGAGCCGAGGCGGCAUGGAUCCCCCGAGAGGUGAGUGAGCGGCAAUGGAAUGGGGUGUCGCGUGCGCUCUGGGGAGCCCCGUGUGGCCCCUUAUACUUAUGGACAGUCAGGAGACCGUAAUGGCCGGCCGCGGUGACGUGGUGCUCGCUGCUCGCCAUGCCAGGAAUCGUGGUUUUCCGCCGCCGCUGGUCUGUGGGCAGCGAUGAUCUGGUGCUGCCCGGAAUCUUUCUCUUUGUGCUGCAUAGUACCUGGUUUGUUAUCCUGUCUGUGGUUCUCUUUGGACUGACAUAUAACCCACACGAGACAUGCUCCCUCAACUUGGUAGAUCACGGCCGGGGGUACCUGGGCAUCCUGCUCAGCUGUAUGAUUGCAGAGGUGGCCAUCAUCUGGCUGAGCAUGAGAGGGGGCAUCCUAUACACCGACCCUCGAGACUCCAUGCAGUAUGUGCUCUACGUGCGGCUGGCAAUCCUGGUGAUUGAGUUCAUUUACGCAAUUGUGGGCAUUGUCUGGCUUGCUCAGUAUUACACGUCCUGCAAUGAUGUCACUGCCAAAAAUGUCACACUGGGGAUGGUGGUGUGUAACUGGGUGGUCAUACUCAGUGUCUGUAUCACAGUCCUCUGUGUAUUCGAUCCAACUGGAAGAACAUUCGUGAAGCUGAGGGCAACAAAAAGGAGACAGAGAAACCUGCGUACAUACAACCUGCGGCACCGACUAGAAGAAGGCCAAGCCAGCAGCUGGACGCGCCGUCUGAAGGUCUUUCUUUGCUGCACUCGCACUAAAGACUCACAGUCUGAUGCAUACUCGGAGAUCGCCUACUUGUUUGCAGAGUUUUUCAGAGAUCUGGACAUUGUUCCAUCAGACAUCAUUGCUGGACUGGUUCUAUUGCGCCAGCGUCAAAGGGCAAAACGCAACGCUGUUCUCGAUGAGGCAAACAAUGACAUAUUGGCUUUUCUAUCUGGGAUGCCAGUCACAAGGAAAACAAAAUAUCUAGACCUGAAAAAUGCACAAGAGAUGCAGCGGUACAAGGAGGUCUGUUACUACAUGCUCUUCGCGCUGGCUGCAUACGGCUGGCCUAUGUACCUCAUCAGGAACCCAACCUGUGGCAUCUGCGGGUUGGCAGGGGCAUGCUCCAGUUGCUUCUGCCUUUGCUCUGCAAGGCCACGCUUUGCCCCUGGGGUCACAAUUGAGGAGGAUAACUGCUGCGGCUGUAAUGCUAUUGCGAUAAAACGCCACUUCUUAGAUGAGAACAUGAACAUGGUGGACAUUGUGUAUACUUCAUGUCACGAUGCGGUUUAUGAAACACCAUUCUUUGUUGCAGUUGAUCACGAUAAGAAGAAAGUGGUAAUUAGCAUUCGAGGAACGCUCUCUCCAAAGGAUGCCUUGACAGAUCUCACAGGAGAUGCGGAGCGGCUGCCAGUGGAAGGGCAUCAUGGCACCUGGUUGGGGCACAAGGGAAUGGUUCUGUCUGCUGAGUACAUUAAGAAGAAGCUGGAGCAAGAGAUGGUUCUUUCCCAAGCAUUUGGCCGUGACCUGGCACGUGGGACCAAACACUACGAACUGAUUGUGGUUGGCCAUUCUCUUGGAGCUGGAACUGCUGCCAUCUUGUCCUUUCUUCUACGCCCACAGUAUCCUUCCCUGAAGUGCUUUGCAUAUUCCCCACCCGGUGGCUUGCUUAGUGAAGAUGCUAUGGAAUAUUCUAAGGAAUUUGUUACCUCUGUGGUGCUUGGAAAGGAUCUAGUUCCAAGAAUUGGACUGUCACAGCUGGAAGGUUUUCGCAGGCACUUGCUGGACGUUCUUCAGAGAAGCAACAAGCCUAAGUGGCGCAUCAUACUUGGUGGAACAAAAUGCAUACCUAAAUCAGAACUUCCGGAAGAGUCAGAGGCUAUAACGAUACCCAGUAAUCGUCUAUGGACACACCCCAGUGACCUGACUAUUGCACUUUCAGCUAGCACACCUCUUUACCCACCAGGGCGUAUCAUUCAUGUGGUUCAUAACCAUCCAGUAGAGCAGUGCUGUUUCUGGAAUCAAGAAGAACCCACCUACUUUGCCAUCUGGGGUGAUAAUAAAGCAUUUGAGGAGGUUAUAAUCUCUCCAGCCAUGUUGCAUGAACAUCUCCCCCAUGUGGUAAUGGAUGGACUGAACAAGGUCCUAGAGAAUUACAACAAGGGCAAAACUGCACUGCUCUCAGCUGCCAAGGUCAUGGUGAGUCCGACAGAGGUGGAUCUGAAUCCAGAGCUAAUUUUCCAACAGCAACUUCACCCACCUCUCCCAAUCCUGGAGGUAAUUCCUGCCAUCAUGCCUGGAGCCCACAACGCAAACCGGAGGAACAGCAGCACCAAGAGUAAACAGUCAGACAUCAGCCUGGAGGGUUUUUAUGAUUCUCGCCUUCUGUCGCCAAUUCUCAAAGACCCAGUAGAGCUCCUAUUGAUGAGCACAAAAGAUUGUCUGGCUGUGUCUCUCCAGGAUCGCAGGGCACCGCUUGCUACAAUGGAGAGUCUCUCUGAUAAUGAGUCUGUUUACAGCUUCGACUCACGGCGCUCUUCUGGUUUCCGUAGUAUACGAGGCUCGCCAAGCCUGAGAGCAGUGUUGGAAACGGAUGAGAGACAUUGUUUUUUCAUUGACCCCACAAUCCCGGAGGAAAAUCCCUCUUUAAGUUCACGGACAGAGCUUCUAGGAGCAGAUGCCCUCUCAAAACAUUCGCAGGAGAGCCAGCCAACGGAGAUUGCUCACAACAGUGGCAGAUCUUCACCAGGUGACCUGCCCCCUUGGGAUGAGGAGGCUUUAGCAGGAGUAGAGAGCAGUGGAGCUCUCACCCCAGAUAAAGAAGAAUUGGCACUGCAGAAUGGGCGCUUGAAUGAGGUGCCUAGUCCCCAGGUGCUGGAGUUUGCAGAGUUUAUAGACAGCCUUUUUAAUCUGGACAACAAAAGUGGCUCUCUGCAGGAUCUAUACCAUGUGAUGGUUUCAGAUGGUACAGAGCGUGAAAUACCUAAGUCAGUUAGUGACCAAGAAAUCCUACUUCGGGCAAAGUUUGAACCUAAUCUGGUGCCCAAGCCCCCUCGCCUUUUUGCUGGGUCUGCAGAUCCAUCAUCUGGCAUUUCAGUGUCGGCCUCCUUCCCCCUCAGCUCCUCCGAAGAGCUUAUGGACUUAACGCCAACGGGAAUGAGCAGCCAGGAGUGCCUGACACCAGACCCCAUCCGAACUCCAACGCCGACAGGAGCCGGUCACAGCAAAAAGGAAGACUUGCUUAUUUCUGCUCUCUAGCCAAAUGCGCAGGGAAUAACGGACAGAGAAUUCUUGGGUUUUCUAGGAGAACAGGUUUAGUAAGAGAAUUGCCAGUGGUAACCUGUGCUCUCCAAAAUUACCAGGAAGUGUGGGGGAAUACGUUUACAGCAGCAGUCCUGCAUAAUACCAGUAUAGGAAGCGACGGGUCUGCUUGGAAGAACUGUAGAAUACAGUAAGUUAUUGCCAUAGGUUAUUUAGUGCGAAAAGAAAAAGGGAUUCUACAGCCUUCAUGAAGGUUAUAAACCAAGGAAAGAGACUACGUUGCACUAAAUAGAUUCUGCCAUAGGAUAGGCUAGUAAACUCGGAUCUAGCCAUGGCACGUUCCCCCUGAAUAUCUAUAAAAUGUAGUGCAGCUUGUGAUUCCCUGGGGGAAUUGAGAUGUACUUUCACUACCACCUUCCUCAGGAGGGGCCAUGUUCCUACCAUCCGUGGUUUGAGGGAUACACCUUUUCACCCUUUGCCUUCUUUACCUCCUUGUCUCUCAAUCCCCCCCCACAUCUCCUUGUCUCUCAAUCCCCUCCACAUCUCCUAAUCUCAGCAUGCUUCCUUAUGUGUGGGUUUACUUGUUGCUGCUCAGAAUGCAUAAAUCAACAGUAUGUAUUGUCUCUGUAUUAGAAGCAGUACCGCAUGUUUGCUUAUAAUACAGCUAGUCAUGAGAAAAAUCAACAGAUCUGUAGCAGUAGCCAGGAAAGAGGUUCUAGAGUGGAUAUAACCGUUGGCACUGGCUAUUGCAAAUUUAAUGUUCCCAUCAGCUGACAGGGGGGUUGUUGUGUGUGCUCCAGCAAUUUGAUUGAUGGGGGUUUGUAGAUGUCACAGCUUAUCUAUCUCUGCCACAGCUAAAGGCUUAUGUUGGUCAACUCAAGAACAGCGGAUGUGAUGACAUUUUGGUCACUUCUACAAGCCUCCAUAAUAACCACCCUCUGUGACAGUGUUCAAGGAAUGAAAGUGUUUUAAUGUAAUACAAAUAUAAUGCAGUGUUGCCCUGCAAUGGUAAAACUGCUGUGUUUGCUUCAGAAACAAUUGUUUUUGUAAA